CCGGGUAGUUCCGCGUCUGCGCAGUGCGUGCCGGUGACGUCACGGCAGUAUUUGCAGGUUGGGUGUUCCACAGGAGAGAUCAGCGCCGAAGUUGAGGUAUUGUCACAGAGGAGAGAGAGAGUCUAUCCUAUAGUGCCCUGAGGCAUUACCCAUCAUGCCGCUGUUCGGCAAGUCGCAGAAGAGCCCGGCGGAGCUCGCCAAGACGCUCCGAGACGCCAUGGAGAUCCUGAAACGGAAGGACCUUCCCGACAAGAAGACAGAGAAGGCAUCAGAAGAAGCGUCCAAGACUUUGGUAGCGAUGAAGAACAUCUUGUACGGAACAGGAGACCAGGAGCCUGUGACAGAGCUGGUUGCACAGCUGGCUCAGGAGAUGUACAACUCUGACAUGAUCAUCACACUCAUCAACAACCUACACAAAAUUGACUUCGAGGGUAAGAAGGACGUUGCACAGAUCUUCAGUAACAUCUUGAGAAGACAGAUUGGGACCAGGUCUCCUACAGUCGAGUACAUCUGUACCAGACAGGAGAUCCUCUUCACUCUCAUGAAGGGCUACGAGACCCCUGAGAUUGCUCUAAACUGCGGCAUCAUGCUGAGAGAGUGUGUGAGGCACGAGGCCCUCGCCAAGAUCAUGCUGUACUCCAACCAGUUCUACGACUUCUUCAGAUACGUGGAGAUGUCAACCUUCGACCUGGCCUCCGACGCUUUCGCUACAUUCAAGGACCUUCUGACAAAACACAAAAUCUUGUGUGCGGAGUUCUUGGAACAGAAUUACGACAAGGUAUUUGGGCACUAUCAGCAGUUGCUAACAUCAGAAAACUAUGUGACCAAGAGGCAGUCUCUGAAGUUGCUGGGAGAGUUGUUGCUGGACCGGCAUAACUUCACCACCAUGACCAAAUACAUCAGUAACGCAGACAACCUCAAACUCAUGAUGAACCUGCUCAGGGACAAGAGCAGGAACAUUCAGUUUGAGGCUUUCCAUGUCUUCAAGGUGUUUGUUGCCAACCCGAACAAGAGCAAGCCCAUCCUGGACAUCCUGCUGAAGAACCAGGCCAAGCUGGUGGAGUUCCUGACGGGGUUCCACACCGACCGUACCGAGGAUGAACAGUUCAACGACGAGAAGGCCUACCUCAUCAAACAGAUCCGCGAGCUCCAGCCCGCGCCACAGGGCGUAUAAUACACGGGGUCAUCGCUAUGGUUACGGGGUCGCCGCUAUGGUUACGGUUAGAUAUUCACGACGCGCUCGCUCGCGUGACGUUGGCAUGGAGUUAGCUCUCGCUGCUGUGUUGGUGUCCUGUUUUGUUAUCAGUGAAUCAUAGCUCAUAGCUUUUAAAGCCACUCUAAUUACAUGUAAUUUCCAUGUCUUAGACUCACACAUUUUGAGGAGAAAAUAUAGCUAGCAGCUAAGACAUCAUGAAAGUAGAGGGCAAGAAGAAAACUUGAAUAUGACUGUAUUCACUCUAUAAAACUGGGUGCACAAUGGCAUUAUCCUGGACCCUAGGCUUUGUUUAUAUUGCAUUUUGCUAGUGAAGCAUAUUUUGUUAAAAUAUGUUAACCAAAUAAUUGCAUUGGCAUGGCCUUCUUAUAUACAAUCGAUACUUACAACUAGUACUGCUUUUGAAAGCUUCACAACAAAGACAUCCAGAAAUCUUCAGAAGAGUGCCCUUAGUAUAUAUAGAACAACAGGAGAAAGAUUGAAAGCUUUUUCAGAUGUAUUUUUAGCUACGAUUCACUGAAAUGCAAGGAGACACCAAUAUGGUAGGCAGCAUUUUGUGGCUUCAAAACCCUCUUCUGUCUUCAUUGAAUGAAAAUCUUUUUGAUUGGUAUGAAAAUGAAGAUCACGUGAGUCACUGUGGAUACGCUUUGUAGAGGGGGCUCGAAAAAGCUGAGUGGCCUUGCAAGGCCAGUCUUAAUUUGUAAAAGGAUGUCUGUAGAGCUCCCAAAUAUCCGUGCUACCUUUUUGCAAUAUGGCAAGCAGCGCUAUGAAAAACGUGCGAUAUAAGAAUCCUAUCCUGGGGUCAAAAAACUUGACUUUCUAAUGUUGUACAUGUACAUAAGCUGGGAGCAAGCUCGGUUCUAAAGAACAGUUACAUACUCAAGUCUGUUUUUCUGUACUCUUUGGCACGAAACGCCAGCUUUGCAGACAUGCAGUGGGGCCUGGUUGUAGCACGUCUGCAUUUGCAUUGUUUUAAACAAGGUUUCUUGUAAGCAUUUCAUACCUUUUGGAGACAUGAAUGAAGUUAGAUGAUUAACUGUGUAUGGCAGGAGCAAUGUAUAUUUUGCAUUUAGUGCUGAACAUAGUGUCAUAUUUAUUUUCCUUUUAGUAUUCAUUUCUUUCGUGUUCUGUAGUACUUAAUGCCUGUAUUUUGUAAACCUUAUUACAUGGCACUUAUGCAUAGGCUAUUUCAUUGCUGGAUAGUUCUAGCUCAAAUUGACUUUGUUACUAUGGUUUUCCAUUGAUGGUUUUUUCCUUAAAUUGUCCUACAUUUUGUCAGUUUUGAUUCAUUGUCCAAACAGUUUACUUUAUGUAUCUUUGUAAUAAUUAUCUUGUAAUGUUUUUAUAUGACUCAUCAAUGUAAAAUUCUCAUCUUCACACCAAAAAGUGCUUGCAGUUGGUUUACAUAUUUAGUAUUUUCAUGUCAACAUUCUUAAUUCUAUAUGAUUCCCUUAAGUUUUCUAUAUAGAGUCCCUUACUUCAGACAGCGUGACAAAGACAUCAUCUUAUUAUUAUUGUAUAAUGACAAUUUGUAUAUAUAUUAUUGUUAUGUGUGUUCUGUAUAAAACAAUGAUUUAGCCGGAAGAGUUUCGUCCCAGAUUAUUUUGUAGUGAGAAGUUGAGGCUUAGCCUUAAGUUGAAGCUGAGUUUAAGGUGGGGAAGUAGCCAGACUAGCACAAUAAGUGUAUUUUUAGAGGAAAAAUCUCCCUUGCGCGCAGCGAGGUGAUUUGAAAUAAAGGAAACAACGAAUAAUAAAACAGGUUGAAAUUAAC